AUGUCAAAGGUAAGUAAUAUUGUUCAAGUAUUUUUAACAGUGUUAAACAACACAUGUGUGUGCAUGUCCAUAUUUAAGUCGUCAUCAACAAUGGUUAAGAAUAAUCAUGAUGAAAUAUUUACUGAUACUCAAUCUGAUAAUGAUGAAUUAAAAGAAUUAUGUUUAUUACUUGAUAAUGAACGAAAAAAAAUGCAUCAAUUAGCAGAAAACUAUAAACAAUUUGGUCAUAGUAUAGCUAAUAAAUUAGGACAACAAAUUGUUGACUAUAAAAAAAAAGUAUCAGAAUUAGAAAUAAAACAGACAAAAUUAAUUCAAGAAAAUGAUUAUUUAAAAAAUAUCGUCAAUGGUAUUUCAAAUAGAGAUGUUCAAAAAAAAUGUGAUUUAUCCACUCAAACAUCCCCAAAACAGCAUCAUGUGAAUUUUUCUGAUACAAUUAUGCCUAUUGAAUUGAAUGAUAAAACAAUCUAUGAUCGUUUAACACAUUCAACAAAAUCAUCAACAGAAAUAAAUUGUAAACGUAAAUUAUUUAAAAAUUUAUCAAUAAAUGAUCACGAUGAUCCAUUACAACAACAAGUCAGUCUUCAAAACAUGUUUGACGCUAUUAAGGCAGCAGAAGUUUACGAAACAAUUGACUGUAUGCAAGGAGAUGAUGAUGAACAUCUACAAUCUGAGAAAGGUUUAUUAAAAGAAUUUUGUAAUGUACGUAUAUAA